AGUUUUCUCCCUUCCAUGAAAGAAGAUCAAAUGGGAAUUCCUCACUUAUUUAGAUGCCCAAUCAGCCUGGAUUUGCUAUCGGAUCCCGUCACUCUAUCCACCGGCCAAACCUACGAUCGAUCCAGCAUCGAAAACUGGUUCGCUUACGGCAAUCUCACCUGUCCCGUCACAAUGCAAAAGCUCCACGAUCCAUCUCUUGUUCCCAAUCAUAAUCUUCGUCAUUUCAUUCAACAAUGGCGUCAAAUGGCUCAACCAUUCCACCCGGAUUACUCAACCACCAUCGACCCUUUAUUCUGCAUGAAUCGCGGCCUUGAAUCCCCUCAAGCUACCUCACAAGAGAAACUUCAAAUACUGCAAAAAAUCAGAGUUUUGAUAGAUGAAGCACCCUGUAAGAUUCCCUUUCUGCUUCAAACAGGUCUACUGCCUUUACUUUUACAAUUGCUUUUCGGGAAAUUGGACCCUGGAUUUACGGAGGAAUUGCUUUAUUGUAUUCUAAAGCUGAUGUCUUUCGACGAAUUCGGGUGUUUGAAUAUGCUUAAAGAAGAGUCCAAGAUGGAAUCUUUUGUGGUUUUAUUCGAAAAUGGCACUGCCAUGAUCAAGCAAAGUUUGUGUCAUCUUGUUGGGGCAAUCUCGGCAUCUUCGGAAACCACGGAACUUUGCGAAAUGAUCGGAAAAGACCGUCGGUUUUUACAUCGGCUCGUUGAUCUUAUUCAUCAGAAUUCAGAGACAUCGAAGGCCGGGAUCGAAGCCGUCUCGGCAUUGUGUUUCUUGGAAUCAAACAGGGAAGAAUUGGUCCGACAUGGCCUAAUCAAUGGCCUGGUAACAUAUAUUUUGAACUCGGAAACGAAGAAAAGAAGCUCGGCGGCGGCUGUGACAGCAAUGGCGACGAUAGAACAAGUUAUGGGGAUGGAGAAAGCAAAAGAGGCACUGAUAAAGGAUCCCCAAGGUGUUAAAGCGGUGGUUAAGAUGGUUUUCAGGGUGUCGGAUCAUGAAGGGAGUGAAAGUGCUUUGAACUCGUUGAUUACGGUGUGUUGUGAAUCGUUGCAGGCGAGGGAAAAUGCCAUAGCUGCCGGGGUUUUGUCACAGUUGUUGUUGCUGCUACAAAGCCAGUGUAGCUGUCGGAUAAAAACAAAGGCGACGGUAUUGCUGAAACUGUUGAGGUCCAAGUGGGACGAGGAGCAAUAACAUGUUCUUUUUUUAGGACAAAUGGAUUCAGUUCCUUUUCUCUCUAUCACUUGAA